GUGGGCACGGAAGUAAGGAACCUGAAAGGAGGCAAGGGAAAGAAACGGUGUUGGGAGCUAUGUUGUGUACUGGCUACGGAAUCUGAAAGUAACCAGUUGCACCAAUAGGCGGCGAUGAUCAGUGUUUCAAAAGUGUUUUUAUCGUGACAAUUCUGCUUCUCGCUCACAGCUUCUCGCGUCUCGCUCGUCGGAUAUGUCCUCUGCCUGGACGAUAGCCCUUGUGUUGGUAUGCAGCUUUUUAAGCGUCAGUGGAGAUGAACAAAGCGACGAAGCAAAUACAACACUGUCUUUAGUGCAGCUUUUGUUUCGCCAUGGUGAUAGAGCCCCCCAGAGCACCUACCCAACGGACCAGUACCAGCAAGACGCCUGGCUGAUGGGGUGGGGAAUGCUGACUGAUGUAGGAGCAGAGCAGUCUUUUGAUUUGGGACGCUUCUUGAAGGACAACUAUAAACAGCUGAAUUUUGGAUCUCUGACAGAUUCUCAGGUGUAUGUGCGUAGCACGUCCAUUACGCGAGCGCGGAUGACUGCGGAGUGUGUGAUGGCAGGGAUGCUGCUGACCAACGUCAGCCAGUGUGACAUGAAGACAGUGUUGCAGCCAGUCAGAGUCCACUAUCAAGACCAAAGCCAGGAUCAGCUGUUGUCCAUGGCUCCCUGCCCUCUUAAGGAGAGCCUAAAACAAGAAUGGAGGAGCACAUCCUCCGCAUGGGGAGGUUUUCUCAACCACUGUAAGAAAAUGUUCAAGUACCUGAGCAGGUUCACUGGGUGGAAGGUUGACGAGACCAACAUACUGAGGAUAGCUGAUGCAUUGUACUGUGAGAUGCGCCAUGAUCUCAAACAGCCUUCUUGGAUGAACCCGGAAAUUCUACUUCUGAUGAAUGUUUACAAUCUGUCAUCAGCCUUUGCUUACCCAACGUCAGAAAUACAGAAGUUGGGUGCAGGUCCCCUUCUUGAGAAGAUGAUGUCUAACAUCAAACUCAAGUUGAUUGACCCUGACAGUCAGAUGAAGUUGUAUGUGUACUCAGCACAUGAUAGCAACAUCAUUGCUUUUCUGUCAGCACUUGGAGUAUUCAAUUCCAUCCAGCCUCCAUACACUGCCUGCGUGAUGCUGGAGCUGUAUCACAGGAACAACCUAUUCUUUGUCAAAGUCUUGUACAGAAAUGACACAGCAGCUCCUCCCUACACUCUGACAAUACCAGGUUGUGCCACACUGUGCCCUAUUGCCACCUUCCACAGACUGUUGAGUAAUGUGACACUGGAGGCGGAGUCUCGGGCUUCCUUGUGUGGGUCCACCCAAGCUGCAACAGGAGCCACCUCCACCCCUAACAGUUAUGUGGUACCACUGGCAACAGCUGGUGCCUUCGUCCUCCUUGCUGUUGUUGUUGUUGCCAUGUACUUCCUCCACCGACACCGCCACAAGCUCAGCAAGCGUGUCAUCAACUAUUGCCAGCUACUUCACAGUCCUGAAAACAACACAGAUGAAGAUGAGCUUGUGGCCUGAUGCUGAAAGUCACAGCAGGUAGUUUACUGUUUUGUUAUGGAGACGCAAUCUUGUCUUGUUGCAUAAUAUUGGUGAGGGAAAAUAUCAUUGAUAUUUUCUGUUCAUAUGACUAUAUUUUUUUUCACAUUCCAGAUUUUGUUGAUUGUUUCAGAAGAGUUCCAUUUAGUUUAUCACAUAUGCAUAAGAAUUUGUUUUUCUGUUUUGGAAAGGUUUGUUAUCAUCAAAUGUUUAUAGAAGCAAAGAUGUGGAUAAGAAUUUGUUUGAAGAGUUAUCUGACCCUUCUGUAAUGAUUUCUGAUUUGAGUAAUGAUAACUGAUUUGAGUAAUGAUAACUGAUUUCAGUAAUGAAAUGCUUCAGAAAUGCUUCAUCUGCUGUGUAAAGUGCAUUUUUUAAAAGUUGAAUUGAAUUUUAUGUCAGCAUAGUUAAAUACUAACUAUGGUGAUUUGUCCAGCUUAACAUCUAUUUCACAUUUAAGUUCGGAACAUAUUAAGACUUUAUGACAUCUGGCCCAAAUGAUAAUCAUCUUUUUGACAUUUGUUGUUUAUAUUAUUCCCCCAAAUAGUUUAUACAUUAUAUAGUUUUAUUAUGAACAAAAAAUUUAAAGGAGAAAAACUUUAAUAAACAGAGUUAUUGAAAACUCCAGCCCUGCUCACAUCAUGUAAGUUGUUUUGGCACAGUGGAAACAUUGAAACUAAUGAAUACAAGAAUCCAUUUGAAGAAACUGUUCCAAAAUGUACAGUACAUUCAGUGUGUUCACCACUGAGCAGAGCAAAUCAAGUGUUGCAUACAGGUUCUACUGCAUGCGGGUAGACACAGAAACAAUAUCCUGGCCUGACAUCUCUGCAUUGAUGUAUUCCAGACUCCGUUGUUUACAGACUGCUGUCCUGUGGAAUAUUG